CCAAUUUUUGUUUCCCCAUCUUUGAAUAUUUGCCGUUCUACAGUACAUCCUAUGAUACAGCCUUAUUUCAAAUUUGGAUUCAAUUCUAAAUUUUUUCGGGUCACGGCACCUAUUUUUGCAUUUGGAUGAUAACUUUGUCGCUCCGGUAAUCAUCUCCCGGCAGUAUAUAUUAAAAACAUACGCAAUUAAUUAAGUAUUACAGUCCAAGUGUCAUACAAGUACUCUGUCUGUUGUGCCUUUGAUGAAAUGCCAGGAAGAGUCGGAAGGGAAACAUGGCAAACACCUGUCGUGGGCAUCACGUCCCUCCUCCCUCCUUAUGUCCGCUCCAUCUGCUUUCCCAGCAUGCAUUUUGGCACCAGCGCCAAUGCCCACCAUAGCAUUUGUCCAGAGCUGAGGCACUGGUCGGCGUUGUUUAUAUUUACAACAGUGGAGCGCAAAGAGUUUGUCAUGGUGAUUCCAACAUGUGUUAAUUGGCAAGUUCAACACGAGCGAUUAGACUUUGUAAUGCGCUGUAAUCAAUCAUAUGACAAGCCAAUAUAGUCAUGGAAAACAAAUUGUAAUCUGGCGUAAUGAAAGGCUACGUUGGCGUGGACGCUUCAUUAAAGACUCGGAAUUGAACCAAACCAAAAUACUACUAAUGAGGACAAGCGAUAUCCAAAUUUUAUGCAUGGGGGUAUUUUCCCCCAUCCUUCCUCACAUAUUGGCAUCCAUGUCUGCUAUGAAAUCACCAGAGUGAGAUCUGGUUCUGAUACCAUUAUACCCCCCCCCCCCGUUCUCUCUGGGCUUUUUCCAGGCUCCUGACCAAACAAACCCCCCACCCCAAAUCCUCCCGUUUUCAUAAGCUUUGUGGAGCUGCAGGGAGGAUCUUAGAAAACAGACACAAUGUUGUGUCACAACUGUGCUGCGAAUUUGUGUGCGCUUAGGUUCCUGCACAAAUCUUCUUAACUUCUCCAAAAUAACCUCCUUGGUAUUACAUGAACCUGUUGCCUCCGUGGGUCGAGCCAGAUGCCGCCCACGCCCCCGGGGGAGAUGGAUUAUGGGUAGAAAAGCUGACUUCAAGGAAAAUAUACAGAGGAAUGCGGAUUUGAUGCUGCUGGCAUGGGUGUAUGGUCAUUCAUAUUAUUUUGGGUUAUGUUGCCCUUUCUAUGUCAUACUAGAAAGUAUAGUGGAGUUCACGUUUAGGGGUCAGCCACCAGCAGAGGGCGCAAUUAAUGUAUAUCCUCACACGGGUUGUGGUUGGUGGUCAUUUACUGAGAGUGCAGGCGUCUACAAGAUGUUUUAAAAGGGAUCAAAUGCAUUUUUAGAAUCAAAUUAAAAAGUACAAAAUGGUGGUAGAAAAUGUCAUCCUUCCAUUUUAAAAUAAAAAAAAUCUUUUGUCCAUACACCGCAAUCAUACACGAUUGGACUCGACGCCCUGACAUCAUUCAGUAGGCCACGCCCCUUAAAGGCACAACAGGAGGUACAGUCAUCCCACUUGAUUAAACAAGUGUAUUUCUUUUACAUUCGCUUUUAUCAUGUUUGAAAUGUCUCAUUGAAUAUUGCUGCUCUAUUCAAGUGUCUGCUUGUCACCGCUAGCGUCAAUCACCCGUUCCGUAGCCUCUAUUGAGAAUUUUUCAAAGACAAUUACUGAAUCAGGAUUCGCAUGCGGGGCAGGCGGGCACUUAAUGUUUUCAAAGUGUGUAUUACACUCUAGCUGACAGCGUUAUUCCCCACUGUCAACAGCGCAACUGUAAUUCCAUUUCCAUUUGGUGACUCCUGCCCCUCACUGCCGCAUAAGUCAAAUGAGCGUUUGACAUUCAGAGCAUGCUUUUGUUUCGUGACAGCAUCGAAGACACUUGUAUUUAUUUCUCCUGCGGCAUUGUAUUCAUUUUGAGGCAGCAGGUCAUUUGUAUUCCUUUUCGACAAGGCGGAGGCUUCGGCCACAGCUAGAUUAAUAGAGAUAUUGAAAACAUUGUUUUUACUAAAAGCAAACUUUUCAGAAUCUGACCAUAUUAUUAAAAAGAGUUCAUGAACAUUCAACACAACCUAGUCUGCUCAAUAAAAUAAGUGUAAGAUUAUUUUUUUACAUAGGUAGAAAAAAAUAGGUUAUUGACGCGGGUAUACCACAAAAGCACCCCGCCCCCAUUCACUGCGCUUCCUGUGUUUUUGUAUUGAUUAUAGAGGUACUCUAAGUGGAAAACAUACAAUUUCGAGGAUUUAAAGUAUGCAAAUGUAUCCCGUGACGUCUUUAAAUGAUCAGUAAUACUCACAGGAUAUGCAUUAAUGCAAACCUUUUGUCAAUUUGAUGCGACCUUUUAACCCAUAUCUUAUGCAUAGGGAAGCCCUAAAUAACUCUUAGUAGGGCAGCGAACACGAGCUACAGAGGCACCCAGGUUGAUUGCGGACCAGUUGCGCGGAGGCUCUGCAGCUAGCAUGAGGCCCGAAGGAUUAGUGUCCAAUCAGAGUGGAUUUUACAUUUACUGACAGCACACUGGACUUAGUAGAGGGAAUCGUAUUUGUUUCAAUAACGCCGCGAGUCAGCGCCCCGCCUCUGUCGGGAAAACGGACGGCUAAAACCUGUUGGCGACGCAUUACUAGCGACAGGUAGGUGAAACUUCAGAGGUGGGUGAGGGCUCUCGGAGGCGGGUGGGCUCCGGAUCAUUGACCCAAUCAGUCGCCGUCGUCGUGGACAGCCGGUUGUGGUGCACGUGACGUCACUGCCGAGUGGAAUUAAACAGGCUUUAUUUGGUUGUAAUCCCUGGUAGCAAUCGGCGGGGCGAGUAAAAUGUACCAAAGAAGGGAGAGAUAAAUCCUAUUGGAUUAGUACAAGCCCGUCCCUACAUCUAACCCAACCCAUCCCCUCCUUUUCAUUUGUUUUUUUAAUCGACAUUUGGUGGCUCAAUCAUGUAUCCGGUCUCAGCGUAGACUUGCGUAGGUGUGUACAGUGUUUGUGUGGUUUGUAGUGUGUUCACGUGCGGUGUCCUCUUUCCAAGGCAGCAUAACCGGAGAUAAAUUAUUCAAGGACUAUCAGCUGGAGAGGGAGCUCACCUGAUAGCACGGACAUACAGUAUUACAACCGGAUAUCAGGUCAAACCGCACAACGUUUCCUGCUGGUUCCUUAACUACCUCAUUCCGUGACGUCUUUUGCUGCUACUGCCCACGAAGACCUUAACGAGACAAGAACCGACACAAGCGGAAUACUUUGCUUUUGUGCGGUACGUCUUCUGUUUUUCUGCAUUUUUCUCAAAUGCUUGUCACCAACAAACAGUUAAGUCUCGGUCGCUCCCACAGUUGGGACACUUUAGGGGGGAAUGAGGGUCAGUGGGACAGGGCUGAGAGUGUCUACGAGCAGCAGGCAAGAGUAGCUGGCCGACGUAGCUCUCUGUCAUACGGAGAGGGGGGAGGAGGGUGGUACGAAACUCCCGCAGGGGUGCGUCCCCCUGACCUGGAUUUGAAGCGUGAUCCGUAUUCCUAUCAAGACUACGGACCCGUUUACCCAGGGGGUCUGAGGAAGAGCUCAGUGCCAGACCUAAACCACUACGAACGAGCAACUAUGGCUCACAGAGGAUCCAUUCCACAUCAAGAUUACUACCCUCACGAUCCGGCCAUGACUCCUCGUGCACCUGAAGCCUUUUACCGGCCUGAGCACCAGCCUCCGUCACCUCAUCCGCUCAGCAGGUCGGGUUCUCAUUUUGGCCUGGCGCCCAUGGCUCGUGUUGGGUGGGAUCAACCUCAGAGCGCAAGAGGGGGACCUCAAGCCCCCCAGUCAAAUUUACCUCCCCCUCCGACUACUCCAACUUACAGGGAAUCUGGUGUUACUAAGAUGAUGCCCGACAGUCAGCGCAGACCCUCUCGGGAUACGUCUCCUGGUCAUUACAGCGUGGAACACGCCUCUCCUCGGUAUGCAAAUGAGCCCCCGCCUCUGGCCAGUCAAUCUGGCUAUACCGAUAGUCGCCCGUUGGAUCCGCAGCAGCAGCAGCAGCAGGGUGCGACUUGUCUAGUGGUGGAUCCUUCCAGUCAAGGUGGGAUAAUGAGGCAGGAGACAGCCUCGGCCUAUUCAAUCCAGCAGCAACAACUGCAGCAGCAACAACUGCAGCAGCAACAAUUGCAGCAGCAGCAACUGCAGCAGCAGCAACUGCAGCAGCAGCAGCUACAACAGCAACAACUGCAACACCAACAACUGCAGCAACAACAAAUACAGCAGCAGCAGUUACAGCAGCAACAACUCCAUCAGCAGCAGCAGCUUCAGCAGGAGCAGCUGCACCUGCAACAGUCUUUGCCGCCUCCUAACAUCAUCCCCGAACCGAAACUUCCUGUGGCGGCUCCGCUUCCUCCUGCUUCCCCCGGCCCAUUACAGACCGCCACAGUUGUCCCGGUUGCACCCGCCCCUGUCCAGGCAAUGCCAACUCCAGCCCCUCAACCUCCCGUUGCCCUUCCCGCCCCUCUGCCUACGGUCCCGCAGACACCUUUACCCGUGGAUCCGAAGAGGACGGUGGAUCCCGAGUUUCUUGCCUUAUUGCGAAAUGAGGGCAUCUCUGAGAGCACCAUCUCCUCGCUCAUCCAGCAGGGGUUUGACUCCACUAGCAUGCUGACUGUCAUGGAGGACAACGACGUACGCACAGUGGCGCCCAACCUCGGCCAGGCACGGGUACUUUCUCGAGUGGUCCACAACUACAAGCGGCCCACUGAAGCGCCACCGCCUCCCUCUCAGCCCCAGACGCCCAUGCGGGGUCGUUCUAAUAGUUUUAGCCAUCGCUCGGACGUCUAUCACCAGCAGCAGCACCAAGCUUUCCAUCCUCCGCAGGCUUUGAAUGUCGACCCUCACCUGAUCCCCUCGCAGACACCUGGGGCCAUGCAGACCAUCUCGCCAAGGAUGGGAGAGGUAAUAGGCAGAAGGCCCAGUAGUGCGCCUUCUCAGCAGCUCCUGGAAGCCUCCGGAGGUUACCCAGGUCAAUCGCCUCGUACCCCGGGCCCGUAUGUCGGUGCUUUGUUGCCCGUUCAGUCAAGACCGAUGUCUGCAUAUUCCAUGCAAGGGUUGCCCGUUCAGGGUAUGCAGAUCAUGUCGCAACAGAUGAGUGGCUCCAUGCCUGCUAUACCUGGUUCCAUCCACCCCAUGCCAGGUAUGCCCCAGCAGAUGCCAGUCUCCAUGCCAGCUUUACCUCAACCGCAACAGCAGGUACCCAAGGCAUACUCUACCAAUUACACGGUACCUAUGGAGCUCAUGAAGAGGGACCGGAGCUUGUUGCCCAUGUCACCCAUGCAUAGCCCUUACCCGAAUCCCCAGCUGGUACGUAAGGCUGGAGGACCAGCAGGAGACAAUGCCCUGGUUCCUGUAGGAGGCCCCAAUCAAGGACAAGGGGCUAUGGUUGCUAACCAGAAGCUAAGUCGCCGCACCGGUCCACCAGUCAUCGUGUCCACUAUGGCAUCUCCAGACACAAGUAAAUAGUCUUCUACUAUAUUCCAUCUUCAGCUGUUAUUCAUCCCUUCGUCCUGCCUGGUUUUCGCAAUUCCACUUCAUUCCUGCGUGCAGCCCGGCAUGUUGGCCGAUAUCUUUAAUUCAUUGGGACUUUGAGGCAUUGCUUUGUUAAUUUGCAUUUGUUACGGUCCACAAUCGUUCGCCACAGUCUCCGAGCGAGGAUUUAUUUCUCAUUUCACUCUCAUUAGUGUGUAACACUGUCAAUAACUGAAGCAAACAGCAGCACGGGGCUGCUUUUAGGCAACCAUACUGUGUAAUCGGCUCCGGCAAUGAGUACAUUGCACAAUGGCAGAUGUCGUAUCACUGUUAAAUGCAGAGAGGUCUCACCCCCCCACCCCCAACUCAUGCUGUUGUAAACAUGCAUGUCUUAUCCCAUUAUGAUAAUGAGACUGUUGCCCGGAAAGACUUUUAGGCUAUGCGCUAAACAACCUACCUACACUAGCCCAACUUGCUGCACACUGACAUGCAUCCAAUAUACAAAUAAGAGCAGACUUUUCAUUUCCCCUUUGCUCAUUUUGGGUGGUAGCAUCCGAGUAUAUUUUAGUGGUGAAUGAUAACGACUUGGUCUCGCGGCAUGGCUGCGCUGAUAAAAUCAAAUUACAGCGCUGAUGGCCGACGUGUCGUUGUCUCUCCGCACGCCAUAGUGACAAGACAGAGGGGAGGUUUAAUCCUUUUACAUUCUGCCUUUCCACUCUCGCACUAAUCCACAAAUACUGUCAUUCUGUCAGAGUCUGCACACAGCCAUGAUGUUGACACUGAGGCACUGCAAAAGAUUUCUUAAUUAAGCUGAUUUUAUUGUCUUUGUGAUGAUGAAGUGAAAGAGAGCGAGGGUAUUACGAGACCCCCUCCGGGCCUCUCUUUUCAAUCAAACGCCGGUGACAUUCGCGCAAUAUUACGCAAUAUUAACCUCUUCACU